GUCGAGCUGUCUCAAAACCUGAACCGAACCCACCUUGGAGGUCGCCAAGCGGCCACUAAUGUGCCUCCCGCAGCCUGGACUCUCUGCCUGGACACUCGCGCUCACAGAGGCGUUCUGGUGAUUGUGGGGACCUGCUAAGUACCGUAGGUAACCUGUAAACUCCACAUCAUCAUCAUCGUCGAAGCUCCCUUAUCUUUCGCGACCUUGAUAUUCUAUUUUCUCGACCCUCUUGAGCGCCUGCCUCCCUUCUUCUCAGCCUCGCUCUGCUAUUCCGCACAUCUCGGCCCCCCUCAGUUGUGUGUGCCUUGUCACUCUACGUGUCCGCGCCUCGAGACUAUUGCGACUUUCCAGUCUUUCGUUUUGAGUACUGCUGGCUUGAUCGUGACCUGUCUGUGCUUUGCUGGCCUUUGGACUUGGCCCUAACGCGCAUAGCGCGCUCUCUCUGGAUGCCAAAUUCCACUACUAUAUGAGGAAUCUUCAGCUACAGACAAAGAACAAAGAAAACUUGCGACAUUAACCCGAAAGGGGAAACGGUUGGAACCGAAGCCUUUCCAUACCAUCAUCACACUAUUGCGCUGUAAUGGCUGUCACCAUGAAUGGCAAGCGCCAGCCCCAGACGAACAAUUCACCCAAGGGACCCAAAGCCCUCAGCGGUGUCAAUGGGCAUGGGCCAGCCGUAUCAGUCACGGCGCAGGGAAGCAUACCUGCCAAGAGACGGAGGGGCUUCUUUGCUCGGUCAUCUGGUGCCAUUGCCAGGCUUUUCACAUGGUACACGAUCUUGACACUGUUAUUUUGGUGCCCUUCUUCACCCGCUGAAUACAACGAGACGUCGCCCAAAAUCUGCAAGCCUUACUUAUAUACUAAACAUGCCGUCGCGCCACACCUAACCCCCUACUACGAUGCCUAUGCUGCCCCAUAUGUCGAACUGGCUCGUCCUUACUAUGAUACUCUUGAUAGCAAAGUCAUCACUCCAGGCCGCGCCUAUGCUGUCAAGUACGGAGGACCACGCGUGGCACAAGUCCAGGCUUUGGGGCAUGCGCAGUGGGAAAAGAAUCUCCAGCCACAGAUUCUCAAGUACCAGACCCUGGCCAAGGCACAGUACGACCAGACUAUUUCUCCUCAUGUUGAUAAAGCUGCUACCGCCAUCGCACCCUACUAUGACAUAGCUCGGACAAAUGCUCUCCAGACUUACCACGAAGUUAUCGUCCCAACUUACACCUUUGUCCACCCUUACGCCAGCCAGUGUUAUGAUGUUGCUUACGAUCUCACUCGAAAUACUGUCCUCCCUUCUACAGUCUGGGCAUGGAAUAAGACAUAUGCUUUCCUGGAUUCUGCAGUCUGGCCACACCUACGGGACGUCUACAUCCUGAAGGUAGAACCCCAGUUAGUUCGUAUCGGUGAAAGACUAGGCCGGUACAAUGAAAAGAAGCCGAAAGCUGUAGUGGAGGAAAACGAGUCAAGUGCACCCAAAGCUACGUUUAUCAAACCUACGGUCUCCAUCUCGUCCACUACGGUUUCAGUUGCUGCGCCUACACAGACCCCUUCGCAAGUGCCUGAUAUAGAGUACCCCCAAGCGUCCGAAGCGCCCUCUGAUACUCAAUCUACCCCUAGUGAGACGCCGAAGUCAAAACAGGAAGUUCGCGAUCUCGCCGCGAAAACUGUCGCGGAAGAUUUGGAGCUAUGGCAGAACAAAUUCACGAAGGUUGCCGAAGAAGGAGCUGCCGAAAUUGAGGAUCGUGUAGAUGAGAUCUCUGCGGACAUGAUCGAGAACCAUGCCAACACUAUCGGCAAGUCCCUUGUAUCUCAGCUAGAAACGACUGUCCACUCCGAGCUCGAUAGUCUCAAGAAAGCUAUUGUCAGCAUUUUGGAAAGUGGUAGCAACGACUCAAAAAUGACGGAUGAAAAUGUUGCAGCCGCGGUUCGCAGUGCUGGCCUGAACAUUAAGAACAAGGCCCAGAAUAUUCGUGACUGGCGUCAGAGCUACGAACAACAGACAGAAGUUGCUGUCACCAAAGCUGCAGAGGAACACUUCAGCAUUAUCGAGAGAACGCGCGACCUAGCGCUCCAGAAGAUUGGUAUGAAGUGGGCUUGGAUGGACGGUGUCACUUACAAAGAUUGGCAAAAGUAUCACCAGCUACGGGCUCGUUUCGAGGAGUGGACAGAUGAACUCAAACGUCUGAUUACUACUCACCCUGGUCUCGUGGAAGCCCAGACUGCGGCCAUUAAUAUCGAGGGCGAAGGUAUGGCUAUUGCGCACGAAGCAGCAACGGAGCUGGGUAGAUUGAAGCAAGUUGCAGCAUGGAAGGCCACUGCUCAGGAUUUCACGGAUGAUUUUGACAGCAGCAGGAUGCAAUUAGCCGCCGAGGCAGCCGAGAAACGAAUUGCCGAAUCAGUGCGCUUAGCAUCCGAGGAAGCUGCCCAGAAAGAUGUUGAUACAUCUGCUUUGCCCCCAAUGGAAAGUUUGGCAGGCGAACCCACUGAUAGUUCCAUUGAGCUACACUCCAGCUCUCCCACAACACGCGAAUCCGAAUCCGAAUCCCAACGCUUCGUGAAUGAGCCCACAAAUGCAGCCGAACCAUCUGAGCCUUUGAGUAGCGUAGACCAAGUUGAUGGACCUGAACAGAUGGAGGAGACCAUUAUAGAAUCGCCCGAUUUACCGAUCCAUACGAUCGAUAAAGAAGGUGCUUCGACAACUGUAAAGUCAGUACUAUUCGGAGCGGCCGCAGAGUCCGUCCCCACCCGGCAACCUAUUUUAGAUGACAAUGUACUUUCCUCGGCGUCGAGUGCGCUGUCCGUGGCUCAGUCUGAUGCCCCUGCGAGCAUCACAUCCGCUGCGCAAUCCGCUUAUACGGCCGCACUAGCUGGAGCAGCUGAUCAGUAUUCUCGCGCCAUGUCAGCCGUAUCUGCUCAGAUAUCUGGCGAACCAAAACCUGUCCACGAGGAGAUGCUUAGUUCGGUGUCUAAUGGAUAUUUCGGCGCCAUAGCCGCAGCCAAUUCCCGCCUAAAUGAAGCCAUGACAGUAGCAUCUGAAAAUAUAUAUGGCACUCCCACUACCAAGCGACUCCCCGUUAUGCCAACGGUCCCGUCGGUCGAUUGGGAACGAGUACAAUCUAUUGCGCAACAAAAGUUCGAGGAUUCAAUGAGCUGGGCUUCUGAUCAGUAUGAUUCUGCUAAAGUUGCAAUUGGGGCCGCCGAGCCAACUCCAAGUACAUACCUUGAAGGGGCGGAAAAGAGAGCCGAAAAGCUCUUGGACCAAGCUAAGCACAACUACUUUGCCGGAGUAGGCCUUGCCCAUGCUCGCUACUCUGAAUUUCUGUCGGUCGCUUCUACGGCUGUGAGCUCCCUAACAGCUACACCUACACCCACCAAUAUCCAGGAAUCAGCAUCAUCGGCAGUCUCUGCUGCUAGUGAAGCCGCAGAAUCAAUGGCUUCAUCUGUAGGCGACUUAGCUGGAGAGGCUAAAGACGUGAUCGACCAGAGUUGGGAUAGACUGGUAAGCCGUGUAAGCUCUCAAGUCUACGGUGCGUCUACUCCAACGCCGUGGUACGAGAACCUGUAUGUGGCCGCCAGUGACUACGCAUCUCAAGCGGGAGACUCGGCCGUGUCUGCUUCUGAAGCUGUUGCUGAUCAAGUAGCUGCUGCAUCAUCACUAGUGGAAGAGUACGCUGCUUCUGCCACCUCAGCAGCUUCAUCACAAUAUGUUGCUGUAAGCUCACUCGUUUCUGAGCUAGUUAUCGGCAAAGAGCCGAGCUAUACCGAGUCUGUUUAUUCACGACUUGCCCAUGCUUAUACAACGGGGCUUUCUUCAGCGUCAAGCAUCGGCAGCGUUGCAUCAGCAACAGCCGCCAGUGCUGCCAGUAUCAUAAGCGACGCUGCAAGCUCUGGCUUAGAAGCAGCCAGUGAGAACAUUGCAUCAGCAACAGAUAAGGUCAAGGACACAGUAGACCAUAUCAAGGAUGAACUUUAAGACCACAAUUAGCUUGUACGCCUGAGUUACUAUGCAUUGCAGGACAAGCUGCCACUAGCAAGAAAUCAACUCGCUUUGCCAACACGGUGCGACCGUCGUAUGACGGUCUGCUUCCGCCGAUGUUAUCAAGUUCCUAUCUCACUCUUUAAGAAGUUUUCAUAUACCCUAAGCAGAUCUUGUUUGUUUCUGCAACCUAUAAAUCUAUCCGCACAUUAAGAUACCAUAGGGAGCCAGUUCGGUUCUUGCUGUUGUCACAAUAGCCAUUGAGUGGCUGAUACAACAAUAAUUGCGCCAGAUUGAAACGUCAACGCUGAGCCCUUCAGAGCUAAGUGCUGUUCUUUUUCGGUCAAGGCAAGGGGAAGGGGGCGGCUGAUACAUCUUGGGCCUCGGUGGGAACAGUGGGAUGGAUGGUGUUGGGCUAGACCCAGAACAUAAAGCCGUCCUUUACCGAGCGAGAGAUCGGAUGGGAUUAUAUGUAUGUAUGUAUGAUGUAUAUGUAUCAAAUUAUGAAGUUCCAACAGACGGUGUCGAUGAGCGAUGCCUUUAUAAUUCCCCGUGCCUAUUAUCGCCCCUGUUG